AUGAGUACAGAAGCUGCCGUAGGAAGGACGGGUUGCCUAGAAGAGGAAGACCAAUAUGAGGCCUGCGACCCUUCAUCCCACCAUAUUGGAAAAACCAAAGCAUCCCUCCUAAUGCGGCCCAUUGCACAUUGUGGAGACUUCGGUGCUAAAUCCAUUGCUCUGCAGUCGAUUACCAGAGAACAGGAUGUGCAGACGGACCCGUACUCGCCCCAGUACAUUUGCACUCCGGGGCCACAACCUAAGGAAUUGGCGAUAGCUCAUCUGAGCUGGUCAAGGGGACUUCCUGCGACCUCUCGGGAAAUCCGAGCUAUUCAAGAAUUGCAGCUGCAGCGGCGGCUUGACGAAGUUCUUCCACCUCCAACGGAUGAGUUCUGUCUAGCAAUCCGCACUAGCCUAAUGGAACGUCAAGAAGUUUUAAAGUGGGCUCAACGAGAACGGGAUAUUCGAGGAGCGUCUUCGUCUCGUGGAAGCUGCCCUGCGAGUGCGUGCCACAAAAAUGAGGACCAAGAGCGAGGCAGCUCAUCGAAGGCGGCAGAAGAUCUUAAAGGAACGCUUGCAACGUAG